AUGAAAAAUUUCGAGCUCACGUUUUUGAACUUGCGUAAUAGUUAUCGGCUUAUCGACAAAAUCGGCGAAGGGACUUUCUCGUCUGUGUACAAGGCAGAGGAUCUCCGGUAUCGGGAAUACAGGAACGAGUGGGAUAUGUCGCAGGAUUCCUCGUUGACAUCUUCGUCCCCUCCACUGUCGAAAAAGCGAAAGCUAAUGAGGAGGAUGAAUCGACCACGAUUUGUCGCAAUCAAGAAGAUCUACGUCACAUCCAGUCCGCAGAGGAUCUUGAACGAGCUGGAGAUCUUGCACGAACUCGGUGGCUGCGAUAGCGUGGUUCCUCUCAUCACGGCGUUUCGUCACGAGGAUCAAGUCGCUGCUGUCCUGCCAUACUGCAAACACGUUGAUUUUCGGGAUUACUUCCAGACCCUUACGCUGCACGACAUCCGCCUCUACUUCAAGAGCUUAUUCUCUGGUCUUGAAUACGUUCACGAAAGAGACAUUAUGCACCGCGAUAUCAAACCAAGUAACUUCCUAUACGACGUACAGAAGAUGAAGGGCGUACUUGUUGAUUUUGGGUUGGCGGAGUAUACGAGAGAACGGGAGGGGUUUUUGGAGGAGGAUCCGCUGUGUGUUUGUUCGACGUAUGAACAUGAAGAGGCGCCGAAUUCUAUUGCGCCGAUUGCGGGCGAGCCGUUGCAUGGAUACCGUAAGCAUGAUCAACGACCUUCGAAGCGCGCGAAUCGGGCUGGUACGCGUGGGUUCCGUGCGCCGGAGGUAUUGUUCAAGUGCAACUAUCAAGGCACGGCGAUCGAUAUCUGGAGUAGUGGUGUGAUCCUGCUGUCGUUCUUGACGAAGCGAUUCCCUUUCUUCAACUCUACAGAUGAUGUUGAGGCGUUGUUGGAGCUUUGUUCGAUCUGGGGAAAGCAGUUGAUGAAAGAGACUGCUGCUCUUCACGGCUGUUCUUUUGAAUCGAAUAUCCCGACACUUCAUGAUCGCCGUAUCACGUUCAAGAAGCUAAUUCCGUGGGCUACCAGUCGGGAGAACAACGUACCGUUCACGGAGGAAGAAGAAUUAGCGAUGGAUUUCCUGGAAGGGUGCUUGGACUUGAAUUGCAAGACGAGGUUCACUGCGACACAGGCGUUGCAGCAUGCUUUUCUUGCGGAUGUGAGCAUCUAUGAUGGGGAGGGAGCAUAUGAGUGA